AUGUCUCGACGUAAACGAGGUCCAACGAAGAAGAAUAAAAUAGACUCAUCGUCGAUUUCGCAAGCUGAUUUUACUGAAGAAAGAGAAAUUCAGCAGCAUCAUCUCAUGUUUACCGAUUUACUAAAGCCAGUGACAUCUUACUUUGAGGAGCUGCUUAUAGAGCUUAAACAAAGAAAUAUGGAAUCACAAGCAACACUUCAAAACUUGUUAAACAAACUAACUGAAUGCAAUAAAUAA